ACUAAUUAAUAGUGGGGUUGGCGGUUGGGCCCCACUUUUUCAAGUUGGCUAACUGGCUAAACUUUCUGGUUCUCUCUCUUUCUCUUCAGUCUUUUAUUUUUUUGGAACAAAGGGAAGCUGAGAAAUCGGAAAUCUGGAACAGCCAGCCUCGUUACUCUUCUACCGAUGGUUUUUUUUUUUUUUAAUAUUAUUUUUAUGGUAAAAAAGGAAAAUAAUGAAAUUAUUAUUGCUGUCGGUUGAUGUCGUCCCCGCAACAGUCGGCUUUAAGGUUUCACAGGAGACGGGUUCCACCUUCUCCACAAGUUUCAACUUGCUGCUCCUUCGCUCCUCCUCUCCCUCCUCGUGACUGCUCUUUCCCUUCCUCUUCUUCCGCCGCUAUGUCUCCUGAAAUUUCGAUGCUCAUCCGCCGAGCAGCUCUCAUUUUCACGGUCCUCACGCUUUCCGCUUUGCUUCUUUACACUGCCUCUGAUUCCCUCCGCUUACUCCCUUUGUCGUCCGCUUCCCUUUCUUCUUCCUCUUUCGCUCGCAUUUUCCCUUCCUACCUCAAUAACUACGCUUCUUCUCCGAAUCCCACGCAACAGCUUGAAGAAGUUUUGAAGAAUGCUUCUAUGGUGAAUAAGACUGUUAUUUUAACGACUUUAAAUGACGCCUGGGCAAGUCCCAAUUCAGUUGUUGACCUUUUCCUUAAGAGCUUUAUGCUUGGAGAUGGCACACGUAGGCUUUUGGACCAUUUGGUGAUUGUUGCCUUGGAUGAAAAGGCAUAUAAUCGUUGUAGAAUUAUACAUAAGCAUUGCUUUGCUCUUGUCACCGAGGAUGUUGAUUUUCAUCAGGAAGCAUAUUUUAUGACUCCACACUACUUGAAGAUGAUGUGGAGAAGGAUUGAUUUCCUGCGAUCUGUCCUCGAGUUGGGUUAUAGUUUUGUUUUCACGGAUGCUGAUAUCAUGUGGUUUAGGGAUCCAUUUCCACGGUUCUUUCCAGAUGCUGAUUUCCAGAUUGCAUGUGACAAUUUUUUAGGCAGACCUGAUGAUAUGAAUAACAGACCCAAUGGGGGAUUUAACUAUGUAAAGUCUAAUAAUCGGUCAAUAGCAUUCUACAAAUUCUGGUUUUCUGCUCAUGAGACUUAUCCUGGAUAUCAUGAUCAGGAUGUUCUCAAUAUGAUUAAGUUCCAUCCUUUCAUCUCAGAUAUUGGACUGAAGAUUAGAUUUUUGGAUACUGCUUAUUUUGGUGGUCUUUGUGAACCUAGCCAAGAUUUGAAUCUAGUAUGCACAAUGCAUGUAAAUUGCUGUUUUGGUAUGGAUAGCAAGCUUCAUGAUCUCAAAAUUAUGCUUCAAGACUGGAGAGCUUUCAUGUCAUUGCCACCAGAUCUGAAGAAUGAAUCUAUCAUCUCCUGGAGGGUCCCUCAGAACUGCAGUCUCGAUUCUUUACGCCAUUUUGGUUCACCACCUCCGGAGAUGGAUUUUCAACAAGAGGAAGAAGAUUGAUUGGAAUUGUGCAUAUGUUUAGAAGUAUUUACUGUCCAUAGAUAAUGAGGGGGUAAAGCUUUCUGGUUCCUUUUUAUUUUCUGUGAUAAUUCUCACUUACACACUGAGUUGAUGAUAGUGACCUUACAUUGUCCAUUGACUUCUUAUUUUUGGAUAAUUAUUGUUCAUUGGCUUCCAUUGCUUCAUGCACCAACCGUCACCUUCCUCUUUGUUCCUUCUCUAAUCCAAGUAGACCUCAUUUUCUGUUUGCUACAUGAGAAAUGUUAGCAUGAUAAUGUAUCUUGUUGUUAUAGAAAGUAAGCUCACCGGA